CAUUUAAUACAUUUCAAAAUUAGUUAAAUGAAGAAGGAGAACCAGUGGACGAGCAAGCUGAAACAAAACUUUUAUGAGCUUUUCUUCAAGAUCUUUGUUUACUUUAAAUAUGUUUACAAUGCAAUUUUUUAUCAUUUUGUUGUUUUUGUUAGUUUUUUACUUACAAGUUUGGGGUGUACAUACAAACUCACUGGAUGCGAUAUAUUCAACGUAUUUGCGAGAAAACCAUAAUAACGCAACGACAUAUAUGAAAACCGACUUGGCCAGCAUACCAUUUAAAAAAUGUCUAAACACUCAUGGUAGAGUUGCAAUUGUUAGUUUAGUUGAUAAUAAAGGUUUAUCGAUUUUCGAACAAUCAAUAAGCAAUUUACGCUGUUACGCCAAAUCCCGUGGUUACGAUUUCUUCCUCUUAAUACACGAAGAUUUCGAUAAAGAUCUAACUUGCGGCAUAUAUAACGAUCUUAUGUUUCGUCGACACUGUAUCUUAGCAACACAAAUUUUACCCAAAUAUGAUUGGUUGCUAAUGUUAGAUGCAGAUAAUGUCGUCGUAAAUCCUUUUCGCUGUGUCGAAGAAUACAUCGAUUCAAGUUACGACGUCAUUCAUCUGGAACGAUUUUAUAAUGGCGAAAUACAAGCCGGAAACUAUUUGAUCAGAAAUUCUGAAUUUAGUAAAUCGUAUUUGUUGAAGUGGGCAAGCUACCACAGCGCUCAUAAUAAUCUACCAAGAAAUAAAGAUAACGGCGCAUUGCACGUGCAUUUAUUGAAAACUCUAAACAAAAGUAACAAUAUGUCCCUUUUGGAUUGUGAGAACUUUUGGUCAUGGGCUAUAGAAUAUACUGAUUUCAUUAGCUGCGUACAAAAAGCAUUAAACGGUCACAGAACGUUUAAACAAAUUAAAAUAUACAGACGAGGUCAUGGUCCCGUACGUGAUGCAUCCUUGACGAAUAGUUUAUGGUGCGAACAGGACUUUAUUUUUCACGGUUUAAAAGAUAUAUAUUUUAAUGGCGUGUUUCCACUCUACACGCGACGAUUAGAAAACGCAGACUGUGUCGAUUCGAAAUGGUUAAUUCCAUAUAAAAACAAACAUUUUGUCUCAAUUAACACUGUGAGGGAGAAACUGAUCUACAUAAAUGAUUAUUAUCAGAAGAAAUUACCGAAACAUGCAGCUGGUUUGAAUGGAGACGUAAAAACGCCUUUGUGCUGGCCUCACUGCCCUGAAAAUAUUUAGAAGACUGGCCACACCGUUUAAGAAUAUUUUCGCUUCAGCUCUAUUCUUUUAACUAUUAUUAACCAUUUUUUUCUGAUCGCUUGAACUUUUGACGUUAGCUCUUUUUAAGAAAGACCUUUCUGAACUUACAUAACCCAUCGAUGAAGACUCUUUAAUCAUCUUUCAUUCGCUCUCUACAUGACAUCAGCAGAGUGCUGUGCAACCUCAUUGGUAAUCAUAUGGCAGCAAUAGUGUAACAACAGUAGGUUAUUCAUAAGACAUUUCAAAUACAUUUAUUGCAAUCUACACAUAUACAAAAUCCGCGGUAUAUAUACGCCCUAAAAAUCAUGCCGGUUUGAAUAAAUAAAACUAAAAACUAAAAACAAUAUCAAAUCUACAAAUAAAAAUUCUAUCCAGUGAUAGAACGCAAAUUACUGACUCUCCUCUGUCGCUAUCAAUAUAUAUAUAUACUAGUCGUUAGCCCGUGGAAAAAUCCACGGGUUCGCCCGUCGCAGCUAAGCUACCAUUUUGCGUGACAGACAGACGGACGGACGGACAGACGUAUACGGGCAUUAUAAUAUAGAUAUAUAUCUAUAAAAAGUAAGAAAUAAA